GCUGGCUGGUUUGGCCCUGGGUGCAAAUACCAAUGCCACUGUAAAGAAAACAUAUGUAGACUUGACGGAACUUGUUCGCUGGGCUGUGCCAGGGGAUGGUUCGGUCCUCAGUGUCAGUACGGUGAGUGAAUCGUUUGUUCUAUCCGAAUGUAUGUGCAUGAUUGAACCAUAUAUGACGCGCAUGCGGAUAAAGAAAUAGUAAAAUUAAACGUCAUGCUAUGUGUUCAUAUGUCUAAAUUUAAACAUAAAAGUGCUCCUGGUGUGGCAGGACAAAAAGCAGUUGACUUCUGGGUGAUGUAAAUUGUGAAAUUAUAUUUAAUAUUAUAAAUUACCCCUAAAAUUAAAAAAAAAUAAUAAUAAUGAAAGACCUUGUGCAAAACAUUGCACUCGGCAUUCUAAACAAGGCAAUUGUGUGCAACAGUUCAAAUAAGACUCCAAGUUAUUUUGUUUAGGAAAAAAAAAAACUUAAUUCCCUUGACCUUAUGCAAAUAUUUUUACAAUUUUAUCCUGAUAAUUAAUUAUUUCACGAUGUCUCUUGUACAAUUUUUACCUUAAAGAUGUUUCAGUAAGGUGUCAACUAUUUUAAAAGAUACACUAGAGCAUUCCCAGAUGGUGUCAGUCAAGGAGAUCGCCCUACCCGUCAUGUGUUUUAGGGGAAGGGGGGAGGUUUUUGUUUUUUUGCGUGCGUCUUUUACUUUGUUAAAAAUGCAUUUUUCUAAAACCAAGUAAUAAUCAAAUCAUACUACAACUGUCGUGAAAAUUAUAUGUGGGAGAUGAAGUGUUCAAAGUAUAAUGGGGUGGUUUUUUUUCAGUUAAAGUUAGGGGCGCUUGAGAAAGAGAAUGUAUUUUUAAUUGAAGUACCAUAACACAAAGUUCCCUAGAUCAUAGACGACCAGUCAAGUUAAAUGACUAUUUACGACAGUUCUGUAUAGUUACAAGAACGUAAAAGAAAAUAUCAUUAAGUUCUGUUUUCAGAAGAUAUUGGGCCAACCCUUGGAAAUAGUUUCCAACAAUUAUUCGAUGGAGACGACGCAUCAUGCAUUAGAGUAACAGAAGGUACAAUAUAUUUGAAAACAGAAAUAGCCUUUACCUGGAUGAGGCUGCAA